CGAGAAGCUUUGUACAAGAAAUUGUUUAAAUCCUUUUCUACAACUACAAAAGAGGUUAACCGAAUAGGAAAGAGCUUUUUUAAGCAAGAAGACCUCAAUUUUUGAAAAGCAAAGUUACUCCUUUUGAGCUUUUGAACCAAAUAAUUGAACUGUGAAAAUUUUUGAAGGUCUAGUGGAUAUCUUAGAAUUUUGGAAGGGUGUAAAAAGAAGUUUGAAAUUAAUACUACUGGUUGAAACUUAAGAUGUCUACAAGUGUUGAGAAAGCAAUUCCCUUGGAAUACGAUUUAGGCAACAUGUCUGCCUCAGAUGUGACCCCCUUAGACGAGACAAAAUUGAACUCUCAGAGGAGUCAGGAAAAAGAAGAUUACUUGACAUCUAUCUCCCGUGAUAAUGCUCAGUUGCUCGUCAAUAAAUUAUUGGCUUUACCCAAAGAACGAACUGCAGACGGUGUAUUGCUUGCUUUGCCCGAAAGUACUACUCCUCUUCCUAGAGCCAAACAUUUGCCUAAGCCUAAACCAGAAACGAAAUGGGCACGCUUUGCUCGCCUUAAGGGUAUAGCACCCAAGAAGCGCGAAGGAAAACUGGUGUUCGAUGAAGCUUCGGGAGAAUGGGUACCUAAAUGGGGCUAUAAAGGCAAAAACAAGGAAUUGGAUACACAAUGGAUUGUUGAAGAAGGAGAAAAGGAAAAGAAACUGACAUCAAAGCAAGUCAGACAUAGUUCCAGAAAUGCUAAACGCACUCGUCGGUGAAGAAAAUCAACUUUGGUUAUGAACACCCCUAGGUUUUGCAUUUUCAGAUUUCUAUUUAUAAUUGUUUCGUCGGUUAAUUUGUAAUAUAGAUUUGGUGAUUCGUGAUUAACA